UAGACGGAUUUCCGAACGUAGCGAAAUAGCCGAGAGUUUGUUUACGUCCUGUUGGUUAGCUGACAGCUGUUGUAGCGCUUUCCUCACAGAAACACUCGUGUCUGCAUGUCUUUGUUAGUUUUCCCGAACUUCGUCAACUUUUAGCCAAGUGUCGUGAAUGUCUGAGAUGGGAUGCUUUAUUGAAUGAGGGGCUGCUGCUAGAUGCCGACAGGAGGAUGAACUCCAUCACCGGUCGGGUUCUUGCUAUCCCCGCCGCCUCUGUCACCAACUCUGGAGCUUCAGCCUCUCGAGCCCUACAUGUGGAGCUCACAUCCCAGCAGAGACGGUUGCGUCAUCUUCGGAGCAUCGCAGCCAGAAACAUUGUCAACAGGAAUGGCUCUCCACUGCUGGACACGUACUUCACCCUCCACCUUUGUUUAGGAGACCGCAUUUCUAGAGAUUUUUACAAGAGUGAAGUCAUUCGAGACUCACUGGUGAGUAAACGAACCCUCAAACACUUCCUCUCCGCGUCCUGGGAUAGGUCCAGUAUGUUGUCAUUUCCUGUAGCCUGCUGUUGGAGAAUGUCCUCAUUACGAGCAGUGAAGCGGUGCUUUUCUGAAUGCUAAGCUUGGCAUUUCUCUGUUCCCUUCUUGCCAGUCACACAUGUAGCCAGCUCUUGUUUAACAUGAUUUGCUGAAUAAAAUAUCAGGCGUGUGUCGGCAUGAAUAAAAUUCGAUCCGCGUUUCUCUCAAACAGCUUUUUCUUUUGGCCUGCACGCAUCAUUAAACUGUGCAAAUGACCGUGCUG